AGUGCACUCGGGAGACAAAAUUACACUUGAUCUGACUAGGAUAUCCCAAUAUCACUUGGCAGCAAAUUUGCCUGGCAGAUGUCAGUUCAUGACGAAAAAUAAACAGUUCGUGCUUCCCUGGAAGCAUCACUUGUUCUGCAACUUUCGACCAGCAAAGAUUCCGUGCAGAGCAAUGGAAGGAGGCGGAGUUAUAUCAAGACUGAUUGAGCCCGUCUGAGGAAGUAAGAUCGCAAGAUGAUACAAAGUAAUUUUGGUGCACAUGCGCGCAGAUGGUGGUGGUGCACGAAGAGACCUAUAAAGAGGAUAUCUCUAGUCCAAUCUACUAAGACAUAAUCAUGUUACUAAAAAAGUUUUUCAAGCUUGUCACUGCUGAGUUUAGUAUUUCACUCAGACAUUCGAACUGGAAAUAAUAGCACCUAUUUAACCUGGUACAGCAAAUGAGAGGAGGUUUCACUGAAGGAAGAAUCACUGUUUGCAGUCCAACUCAAUAUUUAACAAAUCAGGUGAUUCCAGUUUGGUUCAUUACUCUUUAGCGUUGGUACUGUAUACUAAUCUCAGGUUCGAGUAUUCCGACAGAGUCUCGGGCUGGACACACUCGGGGUAAACUCAGUUCUACCACUAGGAUCGGUCACUGCAUGCGAGAGCUUCAACCAUUGAGGAGUUCCACGCCAUCCAGUUUCUCAAUAUAUGAAUCAAACUUGUAGACUGCUGAGCAUUAGGCAACUGCUAUAUCCACCAGCUCAGAACCUAAACUGUUCGGAACAAACAGGUGGCAGCCUUCAAAUCGUCUGUGCUCUCCUUGAGCUUGCAAACUAGAAAACUGCGAUGCGGACACGUGGAUGCUUGCUGCCCUUGACUUGACACGCGCGCCAACACUGUGUUAUGCCUCUCGGACUCCAAAAGGCCUCGGGCCCGUCUACCACGUUCCAACAGGAAAACGAUUCGUUGGAGCCAGUGCCCAUAUCGCAAACGUUGUCGCCAAAUUUGGCGCGGACGCAAAGUGAGUACAGCGUGGCGGGGGGAACACCUCCCGGAGUCGUGCUUCUAGAAAUGAAAAGGUGGAGCCGAAGAGGGAGAGCGGGAGAGAGAUGGUGGAGGGGAUACUGCACACGGCAGGCGCUGCGCUUCUAGAAGAGGAUGCAGUCGUUCAAUCUCCAAUCGCUGGAAGCAGCCCACGAAGAAUCUCACGGGACAGUGAUGUAGGCCUAUAUAUAUACCGGACAACCCUCCGAUCCGAAGGAUCCUCCUCAACGCUCUUGGCUACCGGGCUCCAGACAAAGACAAAGGGUUGAUGGAGUCAGACCCUUGUGUACCGGUCUCUCGAGACGGGGUGUCUGACGACUGCGGUGGCGACACCU